UAUACACAUUUGUCAACAUUGAGCUGUCAAAGUUGUUUGUGACUCGUUUCGUAGCAAGUUUCGAUCAAAAAAGGAUUUAUUGCAUGUCUGAGAGUGAGGGGGAGUACGAAGACGUUUCAGAGAGAACGAGCCUAAUGGACGGACAUGUGGCGGCGAACGGGAGCGGCAAUUCCGGCACUGGAGACGCUCCGGAAAACACCCGCAAAAGAAUCCUAAGAUCGGAAUCGUAUCCGUCUAAUAGACCUUCGUUAAACUCGCAGAACAACGAGGCUUCGUAUCAGGAAACUGAAGAGGAAGAGUUGAAGUACGGCGCCAAACAUGUUAUCAAGCUAUUUGCCCCAGUUUCUCUCUGUAUGGUUGUUGUUGUUGCCACAAUAAGUUCGGUUAACUUUUACUCUGUUAAGGAUGUUUAUUUGGUUUAUACGCCUUUUCAUGAAGAAAGUCCAGAUACUAGCACAAAAAUAUGGAAUGCAGUUGCAAAUUCGUUGAUAUUAAUUGCUGUGAUAAUAGUAAUGACUGUACUAUUGAUUGUGUUAUACAAAUACAGGUGUUAUAAAACUAUACAUGGUUGGCUAAUAGUUUCAUCCCUUAUGCUGUUAUCCAUUUUUUCAUAUCUCUAUUUGGAGGUAAUUUUAAAGGCCUACAACCUACCACUGGACUAUGUGACAUUGUUUUUUAUAAUGUGGAACUUUGGUGUAAUGGGAAUGUUGUGUAUUCACUGGCAAGGCCCAUUACUGUUACAACAAGCCUAUCUUAUUUUUGUUGCUGCGCUAAUGGCUCUAGUUUUCAUCAAGUAUCUACCAGAAUGGACUACAUGGGCUGUACUUGGAGUUAUAUCAGUUUGGGAUCUUGUAGCUGUUUUAAUGCCCAAAGGACCUUUAAGGAUUUUAGUUGAGACUGCACAGGAAAGAAAUGAGCAGAUUUUCCCAGCUUUGAUUUAUUCAUCGACCUACAUGUAUGCCUACACCACAAUGGCGACUGGUGACAAUGAAUCAUCUACAAUAACGACUUCCAGAUCUUCCAGUGAUCAUGGUUUUACACAAGAUUGGAUUGAAAAUCAUGCUCAAAGAGUGGCUCAAAGACAAUUAGAGGUGCAUGAUGUGCCCAGUGGACAACCCAGAACUCAAUUGCACCAAGAAGAAGAAGAACGUGGUGUAAAACUUGGUCUUGGUGACUUUAUUUUCUACAGCGUUUUGGUUGGUAAAGCUUCUAGUUAUGGGGAUUGGAAUACAACUUUGGCGUGUUUUGUUGCUAUAUUAAUUGGUUUAUGCUUGACUUUACUUUUGUUGGCUAUAUUCAAAAAAGCCCUUCCAGCAUUACCAAUUUCAAUAACAUUUGGUUUAAUAUUUUAUUUUGCUACCAAAGAAAUUGUUAGCCCAUUUGCUGACAGUUUAGCAAAUGAACAAGUGUUUAUUUAAAAAAAAAUCUAAAUUGGCUCCAUUGUAAUAAUAUAGUUACAUAUGUAUAAGUUUAGGUGAAAUAUAACCAUUCAUGUAUUAUUUUUUUUUCAUUUAUUUUUAAACUAAAUUUAAUAAAAC